ACAAAGGAGGAAAGAGGUUUAGACUUUCUUAGUAAGAAAGGUGCUAGGUUGCUAUGCCACGCUAUCACAUUGGAGCAGAGAAAAACUGACUUCCAUCCCGCCAUUUUUGAGAAGGACAGAAGUUUUCUAGGUAUUCUACAAGCAUAUAUAUUGACAGAAACUGAGAAAGUGGAUUGUGCUGAGCAAGGACCAUCUGAGGAGUGUUACAUUAUAUACCGUAAUGCAUUUGGCAAGGAAAAAGGUAUAAGCAGACUGAUUGAGAGCUGUUGGCACUGUUACAGAAAUCAAGGAUGGGUAUAUUUUCUGCUAGUUUUGUGCCCAUUUGCAGCCGAAUGGAGUCCACUACAAUUGAAAGAUACUUUUCUGGGUGAUCAGCCAAUGACUUUUGUUUCCAUCCCUUUAGUUGUUAGCUGCCUUAAAGAACUGAUAAACUCCAGUACUGCAGCUGGACACCUUCCAAGUUCAGCCAUAACUCUGGAAGCAAUCAAAUGUGCAUUAUCUGGAAAGGGACUAAAUCUAGUUAACACUGACACUGGUUGGUUUUAUUACCUUGUCUUCUUCAGGUUUACCUUUUCUGAGGCAGUAGAAGAUAUUAUUUAUAACUAUAGGAAGGUGGAACCAAGCAAUGAGUCAAAAUGCCUGGCUUUGGCUCAGGUUGUGUAUGGUCAGUCUGGUACACACAAAAAUGUAGCUCUGUGCCUAUAUAAGUGGGAUGCGUUGGGACAGAUUAUUCUACUUGAUACCAUCUGUACUUUGGAAGACUGGAAUAAGAUAGCAGUCUCCUGUGCAGAAAAUAAGCAUGAAAAGUUAUCUGAGAAAAUCGUGUUGAUUCUCACCUAUCAGGAUGGAGUGUUUGAAGAUUUGCCACUUGAAGGUGAAAAAGGUGCGAGGAUAAUGGAACAUGUCUUCCGGUGGUACUUCUGUGUAACAACAGAGGGAGCUCUUAGAGCGGUCAAGAGAAGAAUCCUUUUAGCUCUGCGCGAACCACGGUAAACACCAAGCAUGCUAAAGAGCAGUGCUGAGAAUUAUUUUACCAUCAAAUAUCAGUUAUCUGUCCCUUUUAAAAUGUCUCUGUGAGAAUGUGUGCGGGUUUGUUUUUUGUUUAACUGAAAAUAUAUUCUCGGUGUAGAAGACGGUCAUCAUGUUGUACUCUGGAAUGGUAUGGUGGUAUGCAUAUACUUUACAUCCUGUUCUCAGCUUCAGUACCUAGUGUCUGGCCUUUAGUAUAGUAGUGGAGAGAGAUACUGCACAGGGUUUAGAAUCAGCGUGGAUAGGGGAAACUGGUCUGAGUGGAUCAUUGUUCUGAGAGAGCUGGGCAAAGGGAGUGCAGUGAAGGCAUACCCUGAUGCCUUGGUAUUUUUGUUUUUUCCUGAUAGGCCAUUACUGGAGUCAUAGUGCAAGUUAGAUUAUCACAAUAAUCUAACAAAUCCUGCCUGCCAAAAUACCACAAAGUCUACUUGGAACAAACUGAGGCUUCAUGGUUACAUGCAUCCACCUGAUCCUUGGAUUGCUGUGGGAAUUGUGUAAAACAUAUUACACUGUAAGAGCCAGUACAGGAACUUAGCUUAGACUGAUUUUGUUAAGAGAUGGGUAAUUCAGCCUUAGGGAAAGGAAGGUGUCCAACUGCAGUCAUACGCCAGCAGAUUCACUGGGUGCAUGUUGGCAGAGCCUCUUUUUAGCUUUCAGCCUACAGCCAGUAUAAACAGGAAGAAUGCUGAAUGUCAUUUGCUGUUUUCACUCUGCUACAUGUUCCCAAAUAACAGAUAUCUCUAUAAUUAAGCUAGAUAUAACUACUGCUGUUUUAUUUUGGCACUUCUUAAGGCCUGCUGGGCCACAUUUAUUAUACAGAUAAAUCUGCAGUUAGGAUUCACAAGAGAGCUUUCUUGAAGAGAGAAGAAUUACAAGUCUUACAAGUCUACAGAUACUUGAAGAAUUUUGUGCAUGAGGAACAGGGAAAGGUGUGCAAGUUUAGUUUACAACAUGAAGAAUAAUAUGUCCUCUAAAUAUAACCCUUGUUUAAAUAUGCAAACCUAGAGAUAUUUUCUUAAAUAAGUUAGUGUUAAAUAUUUUUUUCUAGUAAUGCCUACCACUUAGUAGUGUGUUUCCAAAUGUUUGCAAAUUAGUACUGCUCAGAAGAUCUUGCAAUUUAUGUAAAUUUUAUUAAGGAUACACUUCUUGUAGGGAGCAUUAGAAUUUCUACCUCAAGAGUGGUUCAAAUCUAUCAAAGACUGGCCAGUUUAGUGGCAAUUGAAGUGAGUUCAGUGCUGUAGAAAAAGGUAAGUUCUGCGACCCUGGGAAGUAGGGCUUUGCCAGGAUGCUGUUGCUGUCUUAGCUGAACACAUCUUUUCCUAGGUUGUUUUUUUUUUUAAUCUGCUGCAGCAUUUUCUGUACUCCAUCUGCUAUGCUGAAAAGGAAUUUCUAGCAUUUUUAAAAGUCAAAGGCAGUUGAUACAAGCCUGUUUGCAGGAGAGUGGGGAGAAAGA